ACUUAACAAAAUCUGCAGAUGUUACUGUAACAGAUGAUUCUAAAGAUGAUUAUCAAUAUGAGGAGGUUCCAGCAGAUGAUGAAUUUAGUCUUCAGGAAGAUGAUGAGGAUCUGUUAGAGGCUCUGCAGACUAUUCAAGAGGAGGCUGAAGAUGCCCAAAUUUUAGCUUCGCAAUCAGUUCCAACUUCUGAGACAUCAAUGUCUGAAAUACCUGAAGCGAUGGAUGACUUCUUUUGCAAUUUCCUGGUCAGAUUGGGAAUGUCCAGAACUCUUGACUGCUUCCAGACUGAAUGGUAUGAAUUCAUCCAGAGAGGUUUGUUCACAGCCCAAGAUAUUGGAUUGGUUCCAUCCGUGUAUACCCGCAACCAGCAACUUGAGGCUGCGAAUGUGUGUUUGAGGGAAGAUUUGGAAAACUAUAAACUUGCUGCAAUCAAAGCAAAAGAGGCUUUCCUAAAAAUGCAGAAAGAACGUGACUUCCAUCGAAUGCAUUAUAAGCGAGUGGUCCAGGAGAGAAACAGACUUCUUUGUGACAUUAAAAGGCUGAGGGCACAUUAUGCAUCAUAUGAACCAGUGCUGAGGCAGUUGACUGAAAAAUACCAGACUACACUGAGAGAGAAAAUGUUAACUGGUUUGGAGAGAGACAGAGCAGUUGGGCAGGUUAAAGGUUUGCAAGCCACAUUCCAAAAUUUAGGUUUUGGACCUGCUUUUCAGAUUCCAGUGACAAAAG